ACAGACCGCUUUACUUUGAGGUGGAAGACGCGGUUGUACGCAUGCGCGCUGACGGCAGUGUGCGCUAUGAAAAGAGAGGUAAACAGCUAACAGAAAACAAAUAUGGAUCCACCGAAAGACGUGCAACCGCCCAAACAGCAACCUAUGAUCUACAUAUGUGGAGAAUGUCACACUGAAAAUGAAAUUAAGGCUCGCGAUCCAAUCCGAUGCAGAGAGUGCGGUUACAGGAUCAUGUACAAGAAGAGAACAAAGAGAUUGGUCGUUUUUGAUGCCAGAUGAAGAAGAGGAGAGCACCAGUUUUGAUUAUUUUGUUCUGUACUAUUUUUGUACUGUAUGAGCAUGUAAAUAAACCUCCAGGCUUGAUGCCAGAUUACUGAACUACCCUUAAAACUCAUGAUUUUCAUGUCAACUCAAACACAGUGCUGUUUUUUUGCCUGUGAGCGGCGAGUUUUGGUUUAUUAAAAAUGUGAUUUUCACUGACCUUGA